AUGGUUUGUGGGGAUUUUAAUGAAAUAAUCUCUUUGUCGGAGAAGUCUAGUGGUUCCAGGAUGUCUUUGUUGCAAAUGUCUUCAUUUCAGUCUACCUUGAGGGACUGUAAUUUGUGUGACUUAGGAUCCAAAGGCCAGAAGUUUACUUGGUCAAAUGGAAGGGAGGGAAGGGACCUUACUUUAGAAUGGUUGGACAGAGUUGUUGCUAAUAGGGAGUGGUGUGGGGUGUACAAUGUUGUUGAAGUGGAUGUUUUGCCUAGAUUUUGUUCUGACCAUAGUCCUCUUAUUAUCUCCUUUGAUCCUGAUGGUUGUAAGCCUUGGGUGAAAAGUAAGAGAUUUCUUUUUGAAGCUGGUUGGUUGAAGCAUGCUGAGCAUAGAAAACUGGUAAGGACAGCAUGGAGGAUUAAAAAUUCUUCUUCUGAUAAAUGGCGAGUACUCAAGGAGAAGUUGGAUAGCUGUCGUGGCAUUUUAAAAAGUUGGGCCAGGAGUUCGGUUUAUCAGGAGAUGAAUAAUGUUAAAAAGGUGGAGGAGGAGCUUCAGAAGGUGCAGAUGGAAGGGGAUCCGAAUGAUGUUGCUAAGGAGAAGGUGUUGAAGGCAAAUCUUGACCAUUUGUUGGAGCUAGAAGACUUAAAAUGGAGGCAGAGGGCUAGAGAAAAUUGGUUAAAGUAUGGUGAUAGAAAUACUAAGUUCUUCCAUGCUUGUGCCUCCCAUAGGAAGAGUAGGAACUUUAUUAAGGAUAUUAUAGAUUUGGAUGGGAAAAGAUGGGAUGAUCAGAAGGGGGUUGAGAGUGCUUUUGUUAGAUUUUUUUAG